AGUUGUGCCUGCAGUCCUACCCUAGCUAGUUCCCCACCAGAGCACACCCGCCGCCGCCGCCGCCGCAACAAGAGCCGCCGCUAGCUCGCCGCCGUCCGCCUCCUUCCCUCUGGGCAGCCAGCACCGCAGCAGUGUUGAGUCCAGCACCAGAAGCAGAACCUUCCCUCUGUCGGUGGGCUGCGGCGCCGUCCGUCCGUCCGUCCGUUGAGGAGGGCAAGAAUGAAGGGCGGUAGGAAGAACCUGCGGCGCGCGUGCGAGGAGGGCACCGCGGUGACGCUGGCGGAGGGCGAGAGCAUCAUGCAGGUCGUCACGCUGCGCGGCUCAAACCUCAUCGAGGUGACCGACGGCGAGGGCGUCAAGUCUCUCGCCCUCUUCCCCGCCAAGUUCCAGAAGAGCUUCUGGAUCAAGAACGGGAAUUUCGUGGUUGUGGAUGCUAGUGGCAGGGACGAGGCUCUCGAAUCUGGAAGCAAGAUAGCCUGUGUCGUCUCGCGCGUCCUCUUUCACGACCAGGUUCGCGCCCUCGAGAAAUCCGGCCAAUGGCCGGCUAUCUUCAAGUCAACUCCCAAUGGGUGGGCGACAGGGCCACAAGGAACGACAUCACAGGCUGAGGAAGAGCACAACUCUGAUGAAGACGACGAUGAUGAUAUGCCGCCACUUGAGGCAAACACGAACAGAAAUAGACCGUUUGACGUGCAUUCCGAUACAGAAAGUGAUUCUGAUUCUUGAACUGGUAGACGACUUGGGAAUAGUCAUCAUCCUAUGGUUACCGUCCACCUGUACACCUAAUGUAUUUAUGCUUGUUGAAUUUGGGCAUGACAUCAUAAACUUACGGCCCAAUCUGUCAAAGAUAUAGUAGUCAGUGCGUUUUGUCGACAUUAAGUGGCAGGGCAUGUGGAGGCCUGUCACCUGUAGUGUAAUAUGAAGAAAACAAGAAUGUUGCACCUAGCUUAUUGUGGUUGUGGAUGUUAUUGUGCAAGUCUGCUUGCUUUCCACCUUGAAAGUGGAUUGAAAA